UUUGCUGCCAAAGGCGGAAAAAGCGGUGGGGAGUUUUAUACACCUCUUUGUGUGGUUCAAUUAUUAGUUAGUUUGAUACAACCUAGGGAAAAAUCAGUUGUUUAUGACCCUUGUUGCGGCCAGGAAAGAAUUCCUGACACUCUUCGUUUAGCGAAAAGACGACUAAUUUUGGAAGGCAUCACUAAUUUUCGUCUGGAAGAAGGGGAUACUUUGUUUGAAGACAAGUUUCCGGACCAGCAAGCCGACUUUAUUUUAGCUAAUCCACCUUUUAAUCAGGCUCAUAAUGGAAUGAGCGAGGGAGAUAUUCGGGUUGGAGCAGUGAUUAUGGCUAAUAUUACUUUGUCCAGUUUAAAUAGGAGAGAUGUGGAGAUGCGGCAAAAAUGGCUAAAUGAUAAUUUGAUAGAGGCUAUUGUUACCUUACCAAACAAACUUUUUUAUACUACUUCUAUUGCUCCUU